UUUGGAUCUUCUCCUCCCCACCGUUAUCAUGGGCUUUGCUUUAGAGCGCUUCGCGGAAGCCGUGGACCCGGCUUUCCAUUGCCAGCUGUGCAGCCAGGUGUUGGAGGAGCCCGCGUGCACGCCUUGCGGGCACGUUUUCUGCGCCAGCUGCCUGCUGCCCUGGGCGGCGCGGAGGCGCCGGUGCCCGCUGGAGUGCCAGCCGCUGGAGCCAGGCGAGCUCUACCGGGUGCUGCCGCUGCGCAGCCUGGUCCAGCAACUGCGAGUGCAGUGCGACUACCGUGCGCGGGGCUGCGGCCACACCGUGCGCCUACGGGAGCUGGCGGCUCACGUCCAGAGCUGCGCCUUCGGCCCUGCCAGCGGCUGCAGCCGCCACUGCCCAGGCGGCUGCGGAGGCGGCGAGGAGGAAAGGCACCAGGAAAUCACGACCCUCCCAAGUGGAGACAAGCGUGAGGGGCCCCCGGGGUCCCGGGAUCGGCCUCGGGUUGCCCCCUGCAGGCGCUUGGGGAAGACGCUGCGAACGCAGCUCGGCUUGUUGCAGCGCAGGUACCAGAAGUUGGCCCGGUACAUGGCGCACACACGCAACUUGGUCCGGGACACAGGAGGCCGCCGCCGGGGUGGAGACCAGAAGUCACUCACUGUUGUGUUAGAAAGAGAAGAUGAAGCUUUGGGAUUCAACAUAAUAGGAGGCAGGCGGAAUCAGAAUCACCCGAAGCAAUCAUCUACGGAAGGGAUUUAUGUUUCAAAAAUUUUAGAAAAUGGACCUGCAGACAGAGCAGAUGGCCUGGAGGUUCAUGACAAAAUCAUUGAGGUCAAUGGCAAGGAUCUGUCAAAGGCCACCCAUGAAGAGGCAGUGGAAGCUUUCCGAACCGCCAAGGAGCCCAUCGUGGUGCAGGUGUUAAGACGGACUCCCCUCAGCCGACCGACAUACGGCAUGGUCCCGGAAGUCCAGCUCAUGAAUGCCAGCACACAAACGGACAUCACGUUUGAACACAUCAUGGCCCUGGCCAAACUUCGACCCCUCACUCCUCCAGUGCCAGACACCUGUCCCUUUCUGCUUUCAGACAGCUGCCACUCUCUCCACCCAAUGGAGCACGGAUUUUAUGAAGACAAUGAGUACAUCCCCAGCUUGCCGGCUGAGGCAGAGAGAGCAGAAGACUUCGAGUACGAGGAGGUUGAGCUGUGCCGUGUUAGCAGUCAAGAGAAGCUGGGCCUGACGGUCUGCUACCGCACCGAUGAUGAAGAAGACAUGGGCAUUUAUGUCAGCGAGGUUGACCCAAAUAGCAUUGCCGCCAAGGACGGCCGGAUUCGAGAAGGGGAUCGUAUUUUACAAAUAAAUGGGGAAGACAUCCAGAACCGGGAAGAGGCCGUGGCUCUGCUGUCGAGCGAGGAGUGUAAGAGGCUUGUGCUCCUGGUCGCCAGGCCCGACAUGCAGCUCGAUGAAGGCUGGCUGGAAGAUGAAAGGAAUGAAUUCUUAGAGGAGUUAAACUCAGAGGUGCUGGAGGAAGAACAUAAUGAAGGGGCCCAGUGCACAGCCAAGGAGCUACAGCAGCCAAAGAAGCAGGAAGAAGAAGAAGGCACAACGGACACGGCCACAUCUUCUUCCAACAACCAGGAGAAGGACAGCGGAGUGGGGCGCACGGAUGAGAGCUUGCGGAACGAUGAGAGCUCGGAGCAGGAGAAUGCAGCCGAGGACCCGCACAGAACGUCUUUGAAGAGCAAGAGAGCGCUGGGGCAGAGCCAAGACACCCUAGGCAGCCUUGAGCUUCAGGGCCACGAGAGUUUUGCUGGUGGAGACUGCUUGGACUCCGACUGCGCCAGCAACCACGAGGUGUGUGAAGGAUUCCAGCAGCUGCUGGAGCUUAAGAUUCGAAACCACGGAGACUAUGACCUGUAUUACUCCAGCAGCACGAUUGAGUGCAACCGAGGGGCGCAGGACGGGGUGGAGCAUGAGCUGCAGCUGCUUAACGAAGAGCUCAGAAACAUUGAGCUGGAGUGCCAAAACAUCAUGCAGGCUCACAGGCUCCAGAAAGUGACGGACCAAUAUGGAGACAUCUGGGCACUGCAUGACGGAGGAUUCCGAAACUACAACACCAGCCUGGAUACGGCGAGGGGAAAACUGGAUGACAUCAUGGAACAUCCCGAAAAGUCAGACAAGGACAGCUCAAGUGCAUACAACACGGCCGAGAGCAGCAGGAGCACUCCGCUGACUAUAGACCGAUCGCCCGACAGCUCCCUUCCACGAAUGAUCAACCUCGCCAAUAAGAAAAAUCUGAGAAGCACAAUGGCAGCCCAUCAGUCCGCUUCCAGAUCGAGCACCAAUGAAUAUACAUCUACCCAUGUCAAAACAACCGACGAAGGCUGUAGCAUUGAAAGCCUGGAGAAGAGUCUAGAAACUCACCAGCUGCCGGAUCAGGACAACACAGUCAAUGAGCCCACUCCCUAUCUCUCUCCUUACCACAGCUCCGCCUACAGAUAUGCCAACAUCCCAGCACAUGCCCGGCACUAUCAAAGCUACAUGCAGUUAAUUCAACAGAAAUCUGCCGUGGAGUACGCCCAGAGUCAGCUCAGCUUGGUGAGCAUGUGCAAGGAAUCGCAAAAGGGCUCAGAGCCCAAGAUGGAAUGGAAGGUAAAAAUUAGGAGUGACGGGACUCGGUACAUAACAAAGAGACCAGUGCGAGACCGAAUUCUGAAGGAACGUGCCUUAAAGAUCAAGGAGGAGAGGAGCGGCAUGACCACAGACGACGACACCAUGAGUGAGAUGAAAAUGGGGCGCUACUGGAGCAAGGAAGAGAGAAAGCAACACCUGGUCCGGGCCAAGGAGCAACGCCGGCGCAGGGAGUUCAUGAUGCGGAGCCGCCUGGAGUGUCUCAAGGAGAGCCCGCAGAGCAGCGGCGAGGGCAAGAAGGAGUUGAGCAUCAUUGAACUGAGCCACAAAAAGAUGAUGAAAAAGAGAAACAAGAAAAUCUUGGAUAACUGGAUGACAAUCCAAGAACUGAUGACCCACGGAGCCAAGUCUCCAGAUGGCACAAGAGUCCAUAAUGCCUUUCUGUCGGUGACCACCGUAUGACCAGGCGAAUGGGACAAGUGGCUUACGGAGCACGCUACCAGUUUCGGUAGAAUAUGAUUGCCUCGUUCAAUGUGGCGUUUUUAUAUAUAUUUUGUGACUUUACAGUUUAAAUUUUUUGUAAGCAAAAAUACCUACCUGGUACUUUUUAAUUUGUUUUUCAUAUGCUGGUACCUUCUUUGGCUAAUAUCUUUCCUUAACUUGUGAUAUAUUCAUAGCACUCAUUUAUAGAAAAAGACAAAACAAUGAAAAAACAAAGGAAAGGAAAAAAACUCGAACAAAAACUAAGGCUCUAAUUAAUUUCCUAUUUUAAUGUAUCUACUGUAAGUUAAAAUCUGGAUUUAUUUCUCUAAUUUUCUUAUUUUCUAUUUUAAUAAUUCAAUGCCAAAACACAUCUAUGCUUACUCCCUGGCAUAGUGAAUACUAAAUCAAAUCUGCUCAUAAACUACAUGCCGCAUCUUGUCUUAUACAUGGAAUAACACCCCUUUUAACGGCCUUGUGUACAUUUAACACAUUAAUGGCGGUUGUCUUUGUCUCAGUAAAGUGUGGGUGGACAAUCUUCCUGUGAUAUGUAGUGACACUGGUCAUGUAGCUAGAUAAUUGUGGUAAUUUUGUGAUGAUGAAAAAUAAAUUAAUUGAAAUUAUUGAUUAUCCUUAAGAAACGUUAUCAAGAACUGUUAUUUUCCUUGUCCACUGUGGUUAACAUGUGUAGCUGUACAUAUGCUAUUAGAAGACUUAAUUGUGAAUUACAAAUUGUACACUUUUUCUAUCACCUUUUUUUCCAAUAAAG